CGUAGACGAUGGUAGACCUGUGUGCUUGAAUCGGAGACGAUCUGACGAGUUCGCUGUUUCUGAUUCGAGCACCCAAUUUUCAAAUAAAAAAUCCGAAGGAAAUACGUCAAUUUUACUGCGUACUGUAGGCUGUGUUGUAGCGCACCCAGGUUCUGAAUUCCUGCUGGGUGGGUCAAGCCAGACUCUCUUCCCUGUUCCAUCGCCUCUCCAAAAGUAUAUUCUGACAUUGUUGAGAUUUACAGAUGAGAAAUUGCACACCUGUCAAAUCGUUUCUGAUUCGAGCACCCGGGUCUACGACUGUUUGGGGAAAAAAAGAGAAGCUGAGUUCUGAGAUUCAUCCAAGAGCUUGUCACCGUUACACAUCAUAUCAGUGCCCAAUCGUUGUCAUUACCUAGCUGCUGAACUGGGAAUAGAUAUGAUGUUGAAGAGGUGCAACCAGCUGGGGACAAACUUGAUCAGAAGCUGCGCACUGCAGAGUCGCUGUGCCAGCAGUCAUCGUGUGCCUGUUGAACAUGAGCACUGCUUCACAGAGGAGCACGCUGCCAUGCGUGCCUCCCUCAGAAAAAUCAUCGAUGCGGAUAUAAACCCGUAUGUGGACGAGUGGGAGCGCGCUGGUAGCUAUCCGGCGAAGGAGGUGUUCGGAAAGCUGGGCAAGGCUGGAUUCCUCGGUGCUCACAAACGUGGCUAUGGCGACAGCGAUCUUGAUUACACGUACGCCAUAGCCGUUGCUGAGGAGAUCGGUUCCAUACGCUGUGGGGGUGUGCCAAUGUCAAUAGGCGUACAGACAGACAUGGCCACGCCAGCCCUGGCACGCUAUGGCUCAGAAGAGCUCCGUCAGCAGUUUCUGUACCCAUCCGUGCGCGGUGAGCUCGUCGGAUGUAUUGGUGUCAGCGAGAGCGGCGCUGGCUCCGAUGUGGCGUCUCUGAAGACGACGGCUCGCGUGGAUGGCGAUGACUUGGUGAUCAAUGGUAGCAAGAUGUGGAUUACGAACGGUGGACAGGCUGACUGGAUGUGCUUGCUGGCAAGGACAGAAGCUGAUCAACCAGUACACAGUGCAAUGUCGCUCAUCUGCUUGCCUAUGAAGACCAAAGGGGUGAAGGUCAACAGGUUGAUUGACAAGAUGGGAAUGAGGUGUUCUGACACUGCUGAGAUCUUCUUUGACGACGUCCGUGUACCGUUGACGAACGUCAUAGGAAAGCGCGGGGAAGGAUUCACGUAUCAGAUGCAGCAGUUCCAAGAGGAGAGAAUGAUUGGCGUGGCACUUGCUCUCAACCCCAUGGAGUUCCUCAUUGAUGAAACCGCCGCAUACUGCUCACAGAGGCAGGUGUUCAACGCACCACUCCUGGCCAAUCAAACCAUACAGUUCAAGCUGGCCGAGCUGGAAACCGAAGUGGAGGCUCUCAGAAGCUUGCUGUACAGAGCCGCAGCACUCUAUUCUAAGGGGCAUGACGUGACCAAGUUAGCAUCCAUGGCCAAGCUAAAGGGCGGUCGCUUGGCACAGACUCUCACUUCCUCUUGUCUACAGUACUGGGGCGGCAUGGGCUUUACUAACGAGGUGGUGGUCAGCCGCUUCUACCGCGACUUCCGCCUUUUAUCAAUUGGUGGCGGUGCCGAUGAAGUGAUGCUGGGGAUCAUCAGUAAACUCAUGGGUAUUGUUCCGUCAAGAAAGAAAACCAAGUAGGUUGGCUUAUCUUGUUGCUCCCAUCUAUACCGCCAUUGCCAUUCUGCUGUCUUUGUAUGCGGCUUUGAGACGACAGGCCUGUUUGUUUUUGUGUUGCCCUGCGGUGCAUCGGAAUCCUGCCUCACUGUCAGAGCCUUUUGUGCUCGUCGUUUUGACCAAGCCCUAUUUGCUCUAUCUACUCCCUGGCACCGAUAUAUUCUCCAAUUUAGUAUUACCAAUUUGCAUUUACAAACUGCCUUUGGGUUAUGUCUUUAGAUGACUCUUUACUUGUAGCUGUGCACAUUUCGAAAGUAGUUUUUUUAGCGCCUGCUUUGUGGGCUUAUGCAUGAUAGUACACUGACCAGGAAGUCAGUACCACUCAUUUCUUGAGAUCUGCAGUCAACUCAUAGCCAGGAAGGCCGGCAUGUGCAUUGCUCCCUGUUGAUAAUUGCAUGACUGUAUUUGUAGCUCUAAUGAUUAAAGGCCAAUGAGUCGUUGAUUUACAAAAACAGAGUUUUUUCAAAUCAUGAUGGGACCAGUUUAUCAAAUGGCUAGUUGUUUAUCUUUUGUUUAGCCCUUUACCAACAAAUUUAUAUGCUUCCAUUCACUAUGGCAAUAGAUAUAGCCCCUUGGCUACCUUCAAACUGA